AUGUCCACUCCGACUCUAAUCAACUUGCCUCCUCCCCCUUCGGACCCGGUCACCCCGUCUGAUAUGGGACCAGGCACCCCAAACUCCGGCACUACAUCCCUAUCCGCACUCUCGACUACAGCUAUCAAAGACGGCCAUCAAGGCCAACCCCUCCCUCACGGCCAUCACGCCCACAGCUCCUCCACAUCCUCAACCACAACCCUAGAAGCCGAGCGUGCAGAUCGUAUCUCCCGCCUUGCUGGCCUCGAACGGGUUGCCACGGCUCGCGCAGGCGGCCAGUCAUCUUCCGGCUACAUACCCCCGUCUUACGUGCCAGGCUACUUCGAGAGUCAAGCGCUGAAAGAGCGCAGCACUGUCGGCAGCGCCAGUGCAACAGGCAGCGUCGGUGGCCGCACUACCUGGGCGAGUAGCAGUGAUGUAUACGACGACAGAAUGAGCGAGGAUCACGAAACCUCUAGUGUGGGCAAUGUUAGCGAUGAAGGCAAUGCCAGUCUGGUUGGUUUUGGCGAGGGCGCAAACAGCACCAUCAGUGGACCGACAUCUCGUCCAUCGGGUCUGAACCGCAUUGGAUCUGGAGGUCUGGGGAAUCGACCGACCUCGAUGAGCUCGAAUGUGAGUCGGCCCAAUGCUCUCGCUUCUUAUCUGCAGCAGCAGCAAGACCAUGCUGGGGAGAGUUCGAUGGUGUCUCACUCACCGGCUGGUUCACUUACCCCUGAGCCUGUCAAUGAGGAUGCCCGCAUGGUUGAUGGGAUGACUUUUGAUUCGGAUGUCGUUGAUACUACUGCCCGAACCCCGCGAAUCGUUACUCCGACUCACAGUAGCAAUGGGUUUGGCUCGCCAGGCCGGGAGUAA